GGAGACUACUGAUAAAGCACUUGCUAAUCGUCAACUGUCACUUCGCCACCGCUCAUAGUGUUUUCAUUUAAAAUAUUCCUUAAGCGGCUCAUUCCAGCGUGUGUGUGUGUGUUUUUAUCUUUUUUUGAAUGCUAAUAAACAUUUGAAAAUUGCACUUAUUUAUAUCAACAUACCACUUAUUUGAGUUGUAAAAAUUCCACCCAAAAAUAUCAAAAUUAUGGCGGAGGAAGCUGAGAAAGAACCUGAGACAGCAGAACCCGAGACAGAAUCAGAAAAUGAGACAAAAAUUAUAACAGUUUUUGGUGCCACUGGUAUGCAAGGUGGAUCUGUUGUUAGAGCCCUGUGCCAAGAAAGUUCAAAGUUUAAAGUAAGAGCAGUAACAAGACAUCCAGACGGAGAAAGAGCCCAAGAAUUAAAAGAGUUAGGUUGUGAAGUAGUCGAAGGAGAUUAUGAAGAAUGUGACCUGAUCAGAGACUGUCUAAAAGGAGCAUGGGGAUGUUUUGCUGUCACAGAUUACUUUGAAACAAUGGAUAAAUCUUGUGAAGUGCAACAAGGGAAGAACAUUAUAAACACAUGUUGUGAACUGAAAGUUAACCACGUUGUCUACAGUGGUUUAGAAAGUGCAGUUCGCAUCAGUGGCCUAGUGUGUGAUCACUUUGAUGGCAAAGCUGAAGUUGAAGAAUAUGUAAAAAAUAGCGGAGUUAAUAAGUACACCAUUAUCCGACUACCAUGGUAUUAUGAAAAUCUUUAUGAAAAUACUCCUCCACAGAAAAUAUCAGAAAAUAAGUAUAAACUACCAAUUCCAAUUGGCAACUCUUAUAUGUAUGGAAUCAGUGUGGAUGAAAUUGGUGAAUGUAUUCAUUCAAUAUUCAUGAAUUCAGAGAAAUACCAUAAGAAAACAAUUGGAUUGGCAGCAGAUCAGUUCCUUAUACAUACUUGUUGUAAGAUCCUAACAAAGCAUCUUAGUCCACUAGAAUUCGUCCAUGCCCAGAUUUCUUGUGACGAAUAUGAAGAUCAGAAUCAGAGUAUUCCAGGUGUAAAGGAGCUGUCAAAUAUGUUCCGGUUUUAUAAACAGGCAAGAAGUGACCGUAACAUAGAAGAAUCACGAGAACUGAAUCCUAAACUUGCAAAUUUGGAUGAUUGGGUGAAACAGAACAAAGAAAAGUUGCUGAAAGCCCUAGAAGAAAACGAUAAACUAACUGCAGAGAGCUAGUUUAAUCACCUAGACUGGUUCUCAAAAAGAAAAGGCAUGUAAAAAUAUUUUGCGAUGCCAAUAAAAAACCAGAAGUGUUUUUAUAAAAAAUUUUAUAGCUAUUUAUA